AUGGAAGAGGCUGUGAAAAGAGGUUAAUGCAGAGUUGGGGGGCGGGGUGAUGCGAUGCCACCCCUCCGGGCCGCCCUCGGGUCCCGCUGACGUCUCUCUUCCCCACCCCCUGGCUUCUGGCUUCUUUCUCCCCACGUCCCUCUUCUUUCCCACCCGCGCCGUGGCUCUCCAGCUUCCUCCCCAGCCCCCGCAAUUCCUUGGCUCCCCCAAAUUGCAGCCAGGGGAAGGAGCCCUGAAGCUCUCCAGCCCCGGCGCCCCUGUCCCAUUGGCUCCCUCCCCCGCUGCAGCACCUGGUCCCCCCCAGUCACCUGAUUGGCCGGCGGCCCCGUCAGUCCUGGCCCGGCUGUGCUAACGUCAUCCUGCAGUAGCGGGGUUCGGGUGGGAGUGAGAGAGUGAGGACGCUGGGCUCGGGGGGAACGCGAAGCCGCCGCAAGUCCCUCGCCUCAGCCACCCGGAUUGGGAUCUGCCCAGGUCCCCUCUAUGGACUAGCGUGGGCGGCAGGCUCCUCUCUGUCCCUGCCCUGCUGUCCCCCGUUCCUCGGGGAGCCCCUGUAUCCCUCCCGCAAGGUGGAACCCGCAGGCUGGAGGCUCCCACAGGAGGCAGCCGCCUGGCCCUGCCCUGCCCCACGCCGCACCAUGACCCUCCUGCUGCUGCCCCUCCUGCUGGCCUCUCUGCUCGCGCCCUGCUCCUGUAACAAAGCCAACAAGCACAAGCCAUGGAUCGAGGCAGAGUACCAGGGCAUCGUCAUGGAGAACGACAACACGGUCCUGCUGAACCCACCACUCUUUGCCUUGGACAAGGAUGCCCCACUGCGCUAUGCAGGCGAGAUCUGCGGCUUCCGGCUCCAUGGGUCUGGGGUGCCCUUUGAGGCUGUGAUCCUUGACAAGGCGACAGGAGAGGGGCUGAUCCGUGCCAAGGAGCCUGUGGACUGCGAGGCCCAGAAGGAACACACCUUCACCAUCCAGGCCUACGACUGUGGCGAGGGCCCCGAUGGGGCUAACACCAAGAAGUCCCACAAGGCCACCGUGCAUGUGCGGGUCAAUGAUGUGAAUGAGUUUGCCCCAGUGUUUGUGGAGCGGCUGUACCGCGCGGCUGUGACAGAGGGGAAGCUGUAUGAUCGCAUCCUGCGGGUGGAAGCCAUUGACGGUGACUGCUCCCCUCAGUACAGCCAGAUCUGUUACUAUGAGAUUCUCACACCCAACACCCCUUUCCUCAUUGACAACGAUGGGAACAUUGAGAACACAGAGAAGCUGCAGUACAGUGGUGAGAGGCUCUAUAAGUUUACAGUGACGGCUUAUGACUGUGGGAAGAAGCGGGCGGCGGAUGAUGCUGAGGUGGAGAUUCAGGUGAAGCCCACCUGUAAACCCAGCUGGCAAGGCUGGAACAAAAGGAUUGAAUAUGCACCAGGUGCCGGGAGCUUGGCUUUGUUCCCUGGUAUCCGCCUGGAGACUUGUGAUGAACCGCUCUGGAACAUUCAGGCCACCAUAGAGCUGCAGACCAGCCAUGUGGCCAAGGGCUGCGAUCGUGACAACUACUCUGAGCGGGCGCUGCGGAAACUCUGCGGUGCUGCCACUGGGGAGGUGGAUCUGUUGCCCAUGCCCGGCCCCAAUGCCAACUGGACGGCUGGGCUCUCAGUGCACUACAGCCAGGACAGCAGCCUGAUCUACUGGUUCAAUGGCACCCAGGCUGUGCAGGUGCCCCUGGGUGGUCCCAGUGGGCUGGGAUCUGGGCCCCAGGACAGCCUCAGUGACCACUUCACCCUGUCCUUCUGGAUGAAGCAUGGAGUAACUCCCAACAAGGGCAAGAAGGAAGAGGAAACCAUCGUGUGUAACACUGUCCAGAAUGAGGACGGCUUCUCUCACUACUCGCUGACUGUCCACGGCUGCAGGAUUGCCUUCCUCUACUGGCCCCUGCUUGAGAGUGCCCGCCCAGUCAAGUUCCUCUGGAAGCUGGAGCAGGUCUGUGAUGAUGAGUGGCACCACUACGCUCUGAACCUCGAGUUCCCCACAGUCACACUCUAUGCCGAUGGCAUCUCCUUCGACCCUGCCCUCAUCCAUGACAAUGGCCUCAUCCACCCACCCCGAAGGGAGCCUGCUCUCAUGAUUGGGGCCUGCUGGGCUGAGGAGAAGAACAAAGAGAAGGAAAAGGGAGACAACAGUACAGACACCACCCAAGGAGACCCCUUGUCGAUCCACCACUACUUCCAUGGCUACCUGGCUGGUUUCAGCGUGCGUUCAGGUCGCCUGGAGAGCCGCGAGGUCAUCGAGUGCCUUUAUGCAUGUCGGGAGGGGCUGGACUAUAGGGAUUUCGAGAGCCUGGGCAAAGGCAUGAAGGUCCACGUGAACCCCUCACAGUCCCUGCUCACCCUGGAGGGGGAUGAUGUGGAGACCUUCAACCAUGCCCUGCAGCAUGUGGCUUACAUGAACACUCUGCGCUUUGCCACGCCCGGCGUCAGGCCCCUGCGCCUCACCACUGCUGUCAAGUGCUUCAGUGAAGAGUCCUGCGUCUCCAUCCCUGAAGUGGAGGGCUAUGUGGUGGUCCUUCAGCCUGAUGCUCCCCAGAUCCUGCUGAGUGGCACUGCCCAUUUUGCCCGCCCAGCUGUGGACUUUGAGGGACCUGAGGGGGUCCCUUUGUUCCCUGAUCUUCAAAUCACCUGCUCCAUCUCUCACCAGGUGGAGGCCAAAAAGGAUGAGAGUUGGCAGGGCACAGUGACAGAUACACGCAUGUCGGAUGAGAUUGUGCACAACCUGGACGGCUGUGAAAUUUCUCUGGUGGGGGAUGACCUGGACCCUGAGCGGGAAAGCCUGCUCUUGGACACAAACUCCCUGCAGCAGCGAGGGCUGGAGCUCACCAACACGUCUGCCUACCUCACCAUUGCUGGGGUGGAGAGCAUCACUGUGUAUGAGGAGAUCCUGAGGCAGGCUCGUUAUCGGCUGCGACAUGGGGCUGCCCUCUAUGCCAGGAAAUUCCGGCUUUCCUGCUCAGAAAUGAAUGGCCGUUACUCCAGCAAUGAAUUCAUCGUGGAGGUGAAUGUCCUGCACAGCAUGAACCGGGUUGCCCAUCCCAGCCACGUGCUCAGCUCCCAGCAGUUCCUGCACCGUGGUCACCAGCCUCUGCCUGAGAUGGCUGGACACAGCCUGGCCAGCUCCCACCGAAACUCCAUGAUCCCCAGCGCUGCGACCCUCAUCAUUGUGGUGUGUGUGGGCUUUCUGGUGCUCAUGGUCGUCCUGGGCCUGGUGCGCAUCCACUCCCUUCACCGCCGCGUCUCAGGGGCCGGUGGGCCUCCAGGGACCUCCAGUGACCCCAAGGACCCGGACCUCUUCUGGGAUGACUCAGCUCUCACCAUCAUCGUGAACCCCAUGGAGUCCUACCAGAAUCGGCAGGCCUGUGUGGUGGGGGCUGCCGGGGGCCAGCAGGAGGACGAGGACAGCAGUGACUCGGAGGCAGCCGACUCCCCCAGCAGUGACGAGAGACGCAUCAUCGAGACCCCCCCACACCGCUACUAAUGCGACACCUCUCCCCAUGCAGAGGGAGAAUUCUGCCCUGGUGAAACAGACACACCAGACAUGGGAGAAGGACCUUCUGGGAGAACAGAGAACAAGAGGGAGAGAGGCUUCAGAACCAGUCCUCCUUUCAUCUCAAAACCCCAGGGGGCCCUCUGGAGUCCACCCUGCCCCUCCCUGGGCCCCUAUUCCUCACCUCUGGGCUGUGUCAUGCUCCCAGUGUGCCCCUGGCACUGGGGCUGGCUGCAUUGGAAAGUGGGCUGGACUUCGGCUGCUUUUCUAGCCCCAAUGGCAGCUGCCUCCUUAGCACUCACUGUGUUGGGGAGGGGGUGACAGUCACAAUGGCUGGGGCUGGGGCUGGGGCUCUGGUGGGGUUGAAGGAAACCCUCUCCUCUCCCUUCCCUUCUCUCUCCUGUCCAUUGGAAGCCUCUCUCCCUCACAGGGCUCCCUCAGCUGGGCCAUCCCUGCUUCUCUUAUGAACCCCCACCUCGAUUCCAUUUCAGUCUGGGGACCCUCCCUCCUUCCCAACUUCCUUCCUUUCUUGUCCUCUUUCCCCUCCUGCCCUUGCAGUCCUGAGGUCCUGCAGCCCCAGCCCCUCCUCUGUGACCUGGUGUAGGCAGGUUUCGGGGACUGGAGGGAGUGUGAGGGCCCCGGGGGGAAUUAUAUAUAAUGUAUAUUUUUUCAAUGUUGUCGUGAGUGCAGCCCCUGUGUUCCCGUGUGCAGCUCAUGGCCCUGUGUGUGUGUGUGUGUGUGUGUGUGUGUGUGUGUGUGUGUGUGUGUCAUCGUCAUGUCCUGGGGCAGGGGGUGGGGAGAUGGGUGUGGUGAGGGAGGGGACAUAUCCUAGGGUUUUCAAAUAAAACAAUCAGAAAAAAAAAAUCUCA